AUGACGGAGCAGUCGACUGCUGACAAUGCCAAAACUCCUGAGGAGACCAACCUGGUGCAAUCCGUUGAAGCCGAGAAAGCCGCCCCGCCGUCGAUACCCAAAAAGGAAAAGAUCCUGUCAGUCAAGGUACAUCUCAAGAAUCCUACCGUAUUCACCAUUGGAUAUAGAAGUGCAUUUUUAUUCCCAUAUUUUAUCUGUGCAGUAUUCUUCGGGCUUCCGUCACUCUAUCUUGAAAUGUUGGUUGGACAGUAUAUGAAUUGUGGACCGUCGAUGUUAUUCAGACAUUAUUUGCCAGCCCUUCAAGUAUAUCUGUACUUUUUUGUUUCAGAAUCAGCGUCGCAAUCUUUGGUGGGAAAUAAGGGGAGGGGGAAUUGGGGAAGUCAAAUGGAGUUUCUUCUGGCAACAAUAGGGCUGACAGUAGGACUUGGUAAUGUGUGGCGGUUUCCAGCUUUGGCGUAUAACAAUGGUGGAAGUGCAUUUUUGUUCCCUUAUUUUAUCUGUGCAGUAUUCUUCGGACUUCCAUCACUUUAUCUUGAAAUGUUGGUUGGACAGUAUAUGAAUUGUGGACCGUCGAUGUUAUUCAGACAUUAUUUGCCAGCCCUUCAAGGUUCGAUUACUUCGAUGCUUUGCCAAGACUUGGUCCCUGUUUUUAUUGAGCCAUACUCUGCUACUAUACCGUUUCUUUCCCGAGCUCAUAAUCUGCUACCCAUUGGUCCACGCUACAGCUCUUUUUCAAACGAAUUCUCAUAUUUUGUAGGGUUGGGAUGGUCCAUGACACUCAUUUCACUAACUGUUAGCAUCUACUACUGUGUAAUCAUUGCGUGGGGCUUCCUUUAUCUGUAUUCUGCUGCAACUGGUCAGAUGCCAACAUGGGGAAGUUGCUAUAAUUCUUGGAAUGAUAUCUAUUGCACCGAUGAGGAGUUAAUGAAAGAAUGCGCUCGAAAAGAUCCGUAUCACCCAAUCGCUUUCAACGGAUCUUGUAUUGCGAUGGUGUUCAAGGAGAUGAAGACGCCAUUCGACCAAUAUUUCACGUGA